GACGGAAAUGGUGAAUUUUUUGAUAAAGUCGCUUCGAGAGAUGAAUUUUAUGUAUUGGCGCGCAUUAGUCCUAGGACUAGUACCCUACAAUAUAGGAAGCCUUCCAGGCCGACAAUGAACACUACUACAACAACAGGAAGCCUGCACACCCGUUAACCCCUCACACAGCUAUUCAUUCCCGUUGCCCCUUGGGAGAAGGGUUCCCUGUUCGCCCUUUAGAAGUGGUGUUCCAACAGCUAGGACCCACUUUCAAAAGCAAAAACCCAGAUAACUUCCAGGACCUCCCCUCCGCUUCCAAAUAAAUCUCCCAUUCAUUCCGCGCAUUCCUACACCACACACAACAACACUGUGAAUUAGAUUGAUGUUCUACAGAGAUGGCCGAGCACUGAAAUGAGUAUUAUCCAGUCAUGGUAAAAGAGUCGACGGAGGAUGCUGCUUCUAAUGGCGACGGUGGCGGUGGGACCCCUCGUGUUAACGGAGAUAAAACCACGGCGCUUCCAAUUGCAGUCACAGCUGAAGCGAACUCAGAUAAUGACCAGAAUCAUACUAUGAUUUACAGUAAUAAUAACAAUCUUAACGAUGGCGUUGACGGCGAUGACGAGCGUGACGAUGACGAAGAUGACUGUCCUGAAGAGGAGGAGGAAGAAGAAGAGGAGGAGGAAGAAGAGGAGCCUCAGUUUAAGUAUCAAAAAAUGGGGGGCAGCAUUUCGACUGUUUUGCACAGCGAUGCGGCGUCAUGUAUAACGGUCUCCGACCGCAUGAUCGCACUGGGGACGCUUGAUGGCACUGUGCAUAUACUCGAUUGUCAGGGCAACCAGGUUAAAGAAUUUGCGGCUCACACUGCUACAGUGAAUGAUCUUAGUUUUGAUUUAGAUGGCGAGUAUAUUGGGAGCUGCUCAGAUGAUGGAUCUGUUGUUGUAAAUAGUUUAUUCACAGACGAACGGGUAAAGUUUGAAUACCGCCGUCCUAUGAAGGCAGUUGCUCUUGAUCCAGAUUAUGCAAGAAAGACAUCUAAGAGAUUUUCUGCUGGGGGCCUUGCUGGUGAACUUUUACUUAACACAAAGGGAUGGCUAGGGUAUCGUGAUCAGGUUCUACACUCUGGAGAAGGUCCUAUCCAUGCAGUGAAGUGGAGGAGUAGUCUUUUAGCAUGGGCAAAUGAUAUUGGUGUGAAAAUUUAUGACACUGCAAGUAACCAACGCAUUACAUAUAUCACAAGACCAGAUAACUGUCCACGUGCAGAGCUUUUACAACCUCAUCUAGUUUGGCAGGAUGAUACACUUUUGGUCAUAGGUUGGGGGACAUCUGUGAAAAUUGCAGCUAUUCGUUCAAAACCAAAUGGAGGAACAAAUGCAACAGAUAGGAAGUAUGCAUCAUAUACUGGUGCAAAACAUGUGGAUAUUGUGGCUGUAUUUCAGACGACUUAUUUCAUUUCUGGACUUGCACCAUAUGGAGAUGCUCUAGUUAUUCUAGCAUAUAUACCUGAUAGGGAAGAUGGAGAAAAUGAAGUUGGGAACACUGUACCAUCACGACAGGGGUGUGCCCAAAGACCAGAGGUACAUAUAGUGACUUGGAAAAAUGAAGACCUUGCAACAGAUGAACUUCCAAUAAAUGGAUUUGAGCAUUUCAAGGCCAAAGAUUAUUUGCUUGCACAUGCUUCUUUUUCAGGGAGCAGUGGUGCAGGAGGGCAGUUGGUUGCUGGAGAGGAGCCUCUAUACUAUAUAGUUUUUCCUAAAGGUGUAAUCAUUGCGAAGCCUAGGGAUGCAGAUGACCAUAUAGCUUGGCUUCUUCAACAUCAACAACAUGACAAGGCAUUAGCUGCAAUUGAAGCAGGCAAAGCCCGGAUUGAACUUCUUGAUGAGGUGGGCUCAAAAUACCUUCAUUUCUUAGUUUUUUCGGAAAGGCAAUACGCUAAAGCAGCUGCUUUGUGCCCAAAAUUGUUGCAUGGAUCUGCCACGGCAUGGGAGAGAUGGGUGUUUGAGUUUGCACGUGAUCGGCAGCUACCCCUUUUGGUACCGUACAUCCCCACCAACAAUCCUCAACUACGAGAUACUGUGUAUGAGGCAGCUCUAAUAGCUCUAGCCACAAAUCCAGCUUUCCAUAAACAACUAUUGUCAACAAUUCAAACUUGGCCAUCAUCUAUAUAUAGCACAUCCACUGUCAUUGACGCUAUUGAACCACAGUUAAAUAUGAGUUCCACAACUCCGACUUUGCGAGAGGCCCUAGCUGAUUUGUAUGUCAUUGAUAAACAGUAUGAGAAGGCUUUUGCAAUAUAUGCAGAUCUGAGGAAGCCUGGCAUAUUUGAAUUUAUUGAGGAGCAUAAUCUAUACGAUUCAUUACAGGGCAAGGCAGAAGCUCUGAUGAAUUUAGAUUUGAAAAGAGCUGUAGUCUUACUUGUCCAGCAACGGAAGUUUAUCCCACCAUCUGAUGUAGUUUCACAGUUGUUGAAGUUUGGCAAUGAUAAGACACACAGAUUAUACUUGCAUGAAUAUUUGCAUGCACUAUUUGAGACAGAUCCUAAUGCAGGGGAAGACUUUCAUGGCCUUCAGGUAGAGCUUUAUGCAGAAUAUGAGCCCAGAUUGCUUGAAAAUUUCCUUCUCAGUAGCCAGCAUUACUCUCUUGACAAGGCUUAUGAGAUUUGUAUCAGAAGAGGCCUUAUAAAAGAGCAAGUAUUUAUUCUUGGGAGGAUGGGCAAUUCAAGGAAGGCUCUUGCACUGAUCAUAAAUAAAUUGGAGGAUAUGGAGCAGGCUAUAGAGUUUGUCACAAUGCAACAUGAUGAUGAUCUGUGGGAGGAGCUGAUUAAGCAAAGCCUCAGCAAUCCAGAAAUGGUUGGAAUGUUACUGGAGCACACAGUCGGUAAUCUAGAUCCGCUUCAUAUUGUAAAUAUGGUACCAAACGGUUUGCCUAUCCCAAGGUUGAGGGACCGGCUUGUCAAAAUUAUCACAGAUUAUCGCACAGAAACUUCACUUCGGCAUGGUUGCAAUGACAUUCUGAAGGCUGACUGUGUGAACCUGCUGGUGAAAUAUUAUUAUGAGGCUCGUCAUGGUAUUUACAUUGGAAGUAGGGAAGAUGAGUUCAAUGCAAAUAAGCACCGGGCUAGAGAUGACAGAGGACAGAGAAAUGGAAAGAGCACAACAAAGAACUUGAAUUCAAGGGCCACUGGGAGGUGUUGCAUAUGCUUGGAUCCCAUCUCUAUCCAGAAUGUUUCAAUUGUAGCUUUCUUUUGCACUCAUACUUAUCAUACCACCUGUCUUACGGACACAAGUUCAUCAGUCACAAAAAAUUCAACCCAAAAAAGCAACCCAAAAGUUUCCAGAGGAUUUGGAGAUCCAGAUGACAACUCUUUUGAUGAUGAAGAAUCAGAUGAUGGCUCUAGUACUGAUUCUGAUGGGCUGCGAAUGCGUUGUAUUCUGUGCACUACAGCUGCAAAAUCAUCAAAAAGAAAAGCCUGAUUGCCAACUUUAAGUGUGCAUUGUUUUUAUUUGGCCUUGCCUUCAUGCUUGUAACAUUAUAUAGGUUUUUGUUUCUCUUCAGUGAUCCUUUGACAGUAUGUGUUUGCUUUUCCAUAUUUUUUUCCUCCCAUUUGCAGGUUCUGCAUCUCAAAGUGAUAAUCGAUUUAUGUUGAGUAAUUACUUUAGGUUUUUUCAGGUGGGAGGUAUACGCUUAUUAUACUGAAAGCCAAAAGUUUUGAAAUUCAGCAUUCCAACACGACAUAUUGCAAAGAUUCUUUUACUUGUACAGUCUAAAAUUUCGUUUUUUUUAAAACUAAAAAAUUGAAAGGCUAGACUUCCAAGAAGACUUCUGAAAUUUUUACGGCACACCCUACUCAAUGUUAGAUGAACAAAUUUUUACU